AUAUGGAUAUCCUCCUGACCCAUCCAAACUUCACUUCAGAAUCCUCCAAACAGCCGAAGCUUUUGCAUCAAGUUGUGGAGCAACUGGAAAGCAUCCAUUUUGUUACAGAUACGCUUUCAAAGGGAGACACCAAAUUCAUGGGAGUAUGUCGACUCCCAAGCAAAGAUGAGGAAACCGAUUACCCAUACAGGAGAAUUGAUAUCAGGUUGAUUCCCAAAGAUCAGUAUUACUGCGGAGUCCUGUACUUCACCGGGAGUGAUAUAUUCAAUAAGAACAUGCGAGCCCGUGCAUUGGAAAUGGGCUUUACCCUCAAUGAAUACACCAUCCGGCCCUUAGGCAUCACUGGAGUCGCAGGGGAGCCCCUGGCUGUGGACAGCGAGGAGGACAUCUUUGACUGCAUCCAGUGGAAGUAUCGCGAGCCGAAGGAGCGGAGUGAAUAGCUGCUCGCCCAAGCCCAGGCACCUCCGAAAGCCCUUGUCUUGGGCUGAGGUGUUGUUGGCAGUUGAGCCUGGGCCCAUAAUUCAUUGCUUGAUCCUGUUGU